UUCGUUUCAAGUCAGUCGCGCGAAUCAGCUCGUAGUGCGGUUUCGAUCGUGCAAGUGUCUGUGACCCAUGUCUAAGGAUAGCUCCAGAUUGUGCAGGGUGGGGGUGCUAGCACCUGCUGCUUUGUCAGCGUGCAUGGACGCCUCGGUAUUGGCUGUGCCAGCUGCUGGGGCCAUUGUCUCUACGGUCCUUAAGGAACUUAGCAAAGCCUUCAUGCUCAAGAAAUGGUUCCAUGGAAUAAUGUCAGCGAAAGAAGCUGAACAUUUGAUAAUGGAAAAAGGUCGCAACGGGUCCUUCUUGGUGAGGGAGUCUCAAACUCAUCCCGGUGAAUACGUGCUGUCAGUGAGGGUGCGUGGAAGAGUUACCCAUGUAAUGAUAAGGAGACAACAAGAUAAAUACGACGUCGGGAGCGGAGAACAGUUCGAGGAUCUGAUCGGUCUGAUUGAACACUUCCGGUCCUACCCCAUGAUAGAGAAUUCUGGUGACGUGCUGCGACUUCUGCAGCCCGUGCCAGGUCGCACCUGCCUUCGGCCACAUGAUAUUGAACAAAAUGUACAGAAUCCAGAAAAUAUAUGUGGCAUUGACAAAGAAUUCCUCUCGCUGAAGAUUGUUGAUGAUACGCAUGAUUACUCAACUUUAGAGGGUAUGAAAACUGAAAAUGUCAAAAAGAACAGAUAUAGAAAUAUACUGCCAUAUGAUCAUACUCGAGUUAUUCUACGCAGAAGAAAAGAAUCUAAUGAAUCGGAUUACAUAAAUGCGAAUUAUAUACGGCCAUCAAAACUAAUUGACUCGAAUGAUUCCGAUAAAUCAUCAAAUGAAAGUCUUAGCAGUGUCAACUCACUGGUCUUGAGAGAUGAACCCCAAAAAAUUAUUCUAGUCACAAAGCCACUGACAGCUGAUGAUGCGAUGAGUCAAUUACGGCAAGAAAACAAAUUCUUGGUUAAAAAAGUGAGAAUGAGAAUUGAAUUAAACGAAAAAAAUGGAUUAUUAUCCAGAAAUGUGGUGAAAGACAAAAUUUAUAUAGCAACGCAAGGCUGCCUCUCAAACACAGUAAAUGAUUUUUGGCAAAUGAUUUGGCAGGAGGAUGUUCGGGUGAUCUCAAUGGUCACUAAUGAAGUAGAAAAGGGAAAGAAAAAGUGUGAACGAUAUUGGCCCGAACCUGGCCAUGAAGAGAGAUAUGAUGAGCUCACAGUUAAGUCUGUUGCGGAAACAUUUUACGAAGACUAUCUCAUGAGGGAACUCGACGUUAGUAACAAAACUCAUCGUCGGAGAGUUUAUCAAUACCAAUUCUUAUCUUGGCCAGAUCAGUGCUCACCACCUGACCCUGAUGGAGUGCUAGCAUUUAUAGAAGACAUUAACAGAAGAAUGUAUAAUGUUAGUCAAGAAAAGAAUGCACCUGAGCAAAAUAUCCUGUGCGUUCAUUGUUCAGCUGGAGUGGGAAGAACAGGAACUUUCAUAGUGCUUGAUAUACUUAUUGAUAAAAUGAUGUCUGGAUUAAAUUGUGAAAUCGACGUACAUAAAACCGUAAAACUUGUUCGAGCUCAAAGGCCUGGGAUGGUGCAGAAUAAAAUACAAUAUCGAUUCAUAUACUUAGCAUUACAGCAUUACAGUGAUAUUGAUACGAAUAAAUUGAAAAUACGUAAAAAGGUAUAUACGUCAGAAGCAUAAAACAAUAGAGGACAAAAAGGGAAUGAAGCUAUGGCGAGUGUGUUUAAGUACCUGAAAUGCAAUUUAUCAAUAUUUAAAUAUUUUGAGUGUAAAGUUUGUCCUUCAAAUAUCCCUUAUAAAGGAACGUAUUUCUCAAAUUUCAUAAUAUAACCGAUCGCAUAACUUGUUUUUCUAUUUACUAUUAUGACUUAUAUAAAAUUUUUGUAAUAAGUAUUAAAGUGUUCAAUAUAAUCAUAACUUUAAUAUUAAUGGUGUUCAAUUUUAUACUAACCGAUAUUUUUUAUUAAUUUAAUAAAAAUCCAAUUGUCGUUCUGAAUAAGUAUUAAGUGAUUAUAAAUAUAAGAAUUCUAAAUAAAAUACUUGUACUGAUACUCAAAAA